AUUUAUGUGAAUUUGUGCAAUUUGUGUGACCAUGGCUGAGAAACAUUUUGAGAUGCUGAUUAUUUUGCUGGUAGCUGUUUUUGUUUUCAACGCAGAUGCACAAGAUACUAUAAGUGUGAAUGUGCGCGAACAAGUCACCCUGAGCUGUCCUCUCGAUCUGAGGGCUUGCGGCCGCCUUCACAGCGUCAAGUGGUACCGCGGCGCCGACGGCAGGAACCGCAUAGCGGUCUACAGCGACGAUCUCAAAGUCAAGAACACUGAGGGACCUCAACAAGAAAGGUUAAAUAUCGUUCACAAUACUGGUGGCGAUGUGACUGAAUUAAGAUUGUCGUCCACACAAAUUUCUGAUGAAGAUUUAUAUACUUGCGAAGGAACAUUUAUUGCACCAGAAGACAACUGUGAAAGUGUUACUACAAUCCAACUUAAUAUAUUAGUGGCACCAACAAAGGUGGUACUUGCUGACGAAAAUGGGGACACUUUGCCCCAUAAUAGUGCUUUGGGACCUCUACGAGAAGGUGCCCAAUUGCUUCUGUUUUGUGAAGCAUUUGAUGGUAGACCAGCUCCAAAAAUUACUUGGAGACAGGGCGAAAGAAAUCUGUUGAAUCUCCAGCACUUAAACGAAUGAGGACCGAAAGUGUCAUUUUAGAUUUACAAGUUCGUCCCACAAAAAUCAGUGUGACUGGUGUCCAACACCAUGUUGUCCAAGGCACCAGAGUCACCUUACAGUGCAUCGUCCAAGGAGCUAGACCUGCUGCCAAUGUUACUUGGUACAAUAACACCAGGCUGGUCGAUGAUAAUAUCAUCACAACCGGUACAACCGAAAAGGAUGAUGGCACUUUUGAAACUCUGAGUCAAAUGGUAUUCACUGGAACGAGAUAUGAAAAUGGCCAAAAUUUUCGAUGUGAAGCCGACAAUGUGGUGAUUCGAGAAGACAUUGAUAAACCCAUACAUGAUUCUAUAUUGCUGGAUGUACGAUAUCCACCUGUUGUAAAAGUAAGACCAUUAUCCAUAACUGUAAAUGAAACUGCAGAUAUUUUACUAUUUUGCGAAUACGAAUCCAACCCUGCUUCAUUGGACCAAGUUGUAUGGCUUCACAACGGAAAACCUAUAAAUAUGUCAAGUGGUCGAUAUGAUGGUGGUACAACAGAACAUCAGGCUCUUCAGAUUAAAAAUUCGUCCAGAACUGACAUAGGAACUUACGUAUGUGAACUUACAAAUAAUGUUGGAAAAGGAAAGGCGCCUCAGGAUGUACAAGUUGAUGUUUUAUUCCGGCCAGUGGUGUAUGUUCACCUGACGCCAGCGUCGCCGCUCAUCGAAGCCGACAACGCCACCGUGGAUCUGCAUUGCCGGGUGCGCGCCGGCAAUCCGAAUAAGUUGGAGAAAGUGGCGUGGUACUUGGAUGGAUUUUUGCUCCAGGAACUGUCCAGUUGCAAUGAUACAGUUAUUGAUGAAGAUGCGCAAUGUGUGAACCCAGAAAUCCUGCAACUCGUUGAGGUCAAACGCACCUUCCAUGGUAACUAUUCCUGUUCAGGGUUCACAACGGCUGGUUGGGGCGAAGUUAGUGCUCCAACAGAAUUACUGGUGUAUUAUGCUCCUGGAAGUGCAUCUAUUGCUUUGGCUUCACCACACGAUGUCCCUGUCAAAGGUCAAAGUGUGACCUUAACUUGCUCGUUGAAGGAUAAAGGGCGGCCAGUUACUACCAGAUUUCGAUGGUUACGAGGAAACCAGCUGAUCAACGAUGUAGUAACACCAAGUUGGACAAUCGACCCAGUAACUUUAGAUUCUCGCAGCAAUAUUUCUUGCUACGGCCACAAUGAAGGAGGAGAUGGACAGAUGGCUACCAUGUUCCUGAAUGUCCUUGCUCCACCAGCUUUUAUAGCAACUCUUUUGCCAUACAGUGGAGCUUUAUACAAUGCUCCUAGUUUUAGCCUGUCUUGUCGAGUGGAAUGUUAUCCAGCCUGCAAAAUCCAUUGGUUAAGAGAUGGAGAACAUAUUGAAUCUACUGAUGAGAAAUAUGCAGUUACCGAAUCCAGAAUGGGCGCACAUCCUGCUGCAGGACAUUUUGAGAGUGUCACUUCUACUCUGCAUUGGAACAUGACAGCCUGGCCAGAACAUCGUUUGGACCCGGAAACAGAUGGUGGUAACUACAGUUGUGUCAGUUCCAGAAACGAAGCUGGCGGGCCAGUUUCUUCUACCACUUUAGUGGCCAUCGAAUAUCCUCCACAAAAUGUACAAUUAAGUGAAACUAGAAUAUCUGUUAUUGAAGGACAAAUUCCAGCCAGAGUAGUCUGCAGCACCAAAUCCCAACCAGAGGCAUCAUAUGUAUGGAAGAGAAAUGAUGAAAUCGUAGCCAAAGGAAACAGUUUAAUCCUAAACAAUCCAGUGAAUCGAGGUGGAGAUGGCGAAUAUGUUUGUGAGGCCACAAACAAACAUGGUACUGCCACUGGAGCAACACAUUUAAAUGUUUUGUUUAAACCUGAAUGUGUCAUCACUCAAACCGAAGUGGAUGGAUCACCAGCAUUGGCUUGUACUGCUAUCUCAAAUCCAACUGAGGUGGAUUUCUCGUGGCAAAUGAAACUAGACAACGAGACAGUUCCCGCCUGGGACGCCUACUCCCGCGGGAUCGUAUCCCAUUUAAUCCUGGAUGACUCGAUCGAAAGUUUUCGCACUUACAUAUGUGUCGCCAACAAUAGUGUCGGUGUAGGAAUCGCCUGCGAGAGGGACGUUCUAGUCAAUGCUGAUAGAGUGCGAAGUGUAGCUUGGUGGAAACGAUGGGACAAGGAGACAAUAAUCAUAUUUGUAGCUGCAGUCAUUGGAUUAGUUUUGGCAGUUCUGAUAGUUUGCAUCCUUAUCAUUAUAAUUUGCAGAAGGAAGAGACAUAAUGAAAAAUAUCAUUCGACGAUUAACUACGAAGACAGGCAAAGUCCCGAAGGAUAUCCUGAUCCAAGUUCCGUAAACGUAACUUGCAUGACCGAUGAAUCACUACUAAGUCCUGGAUCACCAAACAUCAACGACACCAGCCGCCAAAGUCUACAGCCCCUAAAUUCACCAAAAAGUCCAGUAUCAACAGUUGCGCCCUUGGUCAUCCCAAGUUCGCCUCCGAGAUGGCCCUUAAGGCCAGGAGUGCUGGUCCACGUAAAACGCAAUUUCAGGGCAGAUAAUGCCGCCAAUAUAAUGCCAGGAGACGCCAAUCUAUCCAGAGAAGAUGACAGUAAUGUAAAUGAUGAUGAUAAAGAUAAAGUUGGAGAUUCCAAGCCACCAGUUGCUAGAGAUUUGAAUUUUGGGAAGAGAAAUGGUGGUAUGUUCUCGUCCUUUGUACAUGCUAUUAAAUGGACGCCUAGAAAAGAUGGAGAGGCGGAAAAUGAUGAAAACGCUAAUGAUUUGCCGGGAUUGGUUAGGCUGGAGAAUGAAGUUAUCAGCUUUAAGAAAGUUCAAUCUACUAACAAACCAACGACUGGAGUUGAUUCCGAUACGUAUAGGAAAAGAAAGAAACCUGGUCAAGCUCCCGACAAAUCGCUAGCUGCUAAUGCGGCUGACGAAGAGGACUCUCCAGGCUUAUACGAAAAUUUACCUUUCCACGGACUUCAAAGUGCACCCAAUAAGCUAUCCCGACCUAACAAAACCAUCUUACGCGUUCCUCCAACCCUUAAAUAUACCCCUCCUUCAUCAGCCACAACCCCAUCCUCGACAUCGACAAAAUCCUCAUCUGUAAAUCUUCACAAUGUAGCAAACGGAGGAACAACUAACCAUACGACAACCACAUCAGGUUACAACCUGAUACCAUUAUCCAGUUUUAGACCAAACCCAUUUUUAACCAGAGCACAGUCGAGUGCUGCCAGAUCUCAAGUGUACAGUGCCAGAACUUUGACAACGAAUCAUACUUUUGAUGAAAAGAAACACCAAAGUACAGGGUCUUUACCGAAAAACCACAAAUCUAGGAGGAAGAGUCACAGUUUCCAUUCCAUGAGAGCUAAAAACGCCAACAAGAGUAAGAGAACUAGUGUUGCCCUAUGUGAUGACCAGUACAGCACUGGUAAUGAACAGUACACUGAUGAGGAACGUUACCAAGAUCAUACCUAUGAAAAUUUGACAGACUCCAUACAAAUUUAUGAGACCAGUAACGAUAUUCCAAUGCCUGCACCGAGGUGUAAAUCUUCUAAUAGUUCGAGAUCAACAUUGGUGCCUCCGGAGACGAAGCACCAUUAUGCUAAUGUCUCUGCAAAUGUUUCCGGGUGCGAGGAUGAUGGUACGGAACCUCCGCCAAUACCGGAGUUGCCGUCGUUGGAGUUGUACAGCAAGCCGGAGAGCAUAGAUGAUUUUUUGUAUGACUAUAAGAUCCGCCACAACAACAACAAUCAUCUGGCCCAGUUAUCUCGGGAGUACCAACACACUUUGCUAUCAACGGCCCGACACCAACUUCACAGCGGUCACGACCGCGCACCAUCAAUACAAAACAAACGCUACAUCAGACAACCUCUGCAGAAGCACCACAGUUUCCAUUUCCAUACGGACGAUGAUGAAUUACCUUACUAUAGAACAGCUUCCCGAUCGAGGAGGAAACAUAAUUAUGACCGAAAUUUGGGCGAUGUGAGAAGGUUAAGGAAGAGCAACAGUGUUACCAAUGUUAGUGGGUGCGGGCCGUUGAUUUUUGUCCCUCAUACCCAACGGGUAAACGCCAGGACUCCUGCACAGGAUUACCCGACGCGUGGGUUCCAGAAAACCGAAGCGCUGCUGACGAACGAUGAUUAUUUUCAGAAUUUUUUAAAGUUAAGGAAAAUUAGCGAAGCUAGUAUGAAAUUGUAUAAUGAUACGAGUAGGAUAGUUUAUGCCGAUUUGGAAAAAAGUCCUGUUUGCCAGAGGGUUACUGCGAGUUCGGAUCCUGUAAGACAUUUGAGGAGGCAUCCGCCGACGCAUUAUGCCACGUUGCAUUUUAAUGAAGUCAAUGUGUGAGCGAAUGUGCUGUAAUAUUAAGCCUUUCCAGCCAGCUUGCAAUGAUUUAAUUUACGCCGAGGUGGAUGCCCAAUAUGGUCCAAUUCAUUACAAGGCAGCCUCAAUAUACGAGCAGUUGAAAAGAGCCAAGGCCCAAGAAAAAUAAUAAACCCG